AUGGUGCUCUUGUCCAAAAUUGCAACCAACAAUGGACAUGGAGAAAACUCGUCUUAUUUUGAUGGUUGGAAGGCAUAUGAAAUUGAUCCUUAUCAUCCCACAAAAAAUUCUCAUGGAGUCAUUCAAAUGGGACUCGCAGAAAAUCAGCUUUGCUUUGAUUUAAUCCAAGAGUGGGUAGAGAACAACCCAAAAGCCUCCAUUUGUACACCUCAAGGAUCAAAUGGCUUCAACGAUAUAGCAGUUUAUCAAGAUUAUCAUGGCUUGCCAGAAUUCAGAAAUUCUGUCGCAAGAUUCAUGGAGAAAGUGCGAGGAAAUAAAGUCAGAUUCAACCCUGACCGCAUUGUAAUGAGCGGCGGCGCCACCGGUGCUCAUGAGACUUUGGCCUUUUGCUUGGCAGAUCCCGGCGAAGCAUUUUUGGUGCCUACACCAUAUUAUCCAGGAUAUGAUCGAGAUUUGAGAUGGCGAACGGGUAUACAACUUCUCCCAGUUGUUUGUGAAAGCUCAAACGAUUUCAAAAUCACCAGAGAAGCCUUAGAAGAUGCAUAUGAAAAAGCUCGAGAGGCUAAUAUCAAAGUUAAGGGCUUGAUUCUAAACAAUCCAUCUAAUCCAUUAGGCACUGUAUUGGACAGAACCACAUUAAGAGAUGCAAUGAGCUUCAUCAGUGAGAGAAACAUUCACUUAAUCUGUGAUGAGAUAUAUUCAGCCACGGUGUUUAACGAGCCUGGUUUUAUCAGCAUUGCUGAGAUAGCAGAAGAAAGUGCAUACCGUAAACAUCGAGAUCUUAUUCACAUUGUUUAUAGCCUGUCAAAGGACCUUGGAUUUCCCGGAUUCCGAGUAGGCAUUAUAUACUCGUACAACGAUGCAGUAGUGAAUUGUGCACGGAAAAUGUCAAGUUUCGGUUUAGUUUCAACUCAGACACAACACCUGAUUGCUUCAAUGCUAUCGGACGAUAUUUUUGUGGAAAAAUUCUUAGACGAGAGUGCGAAAAGAUUAGCAGAAAGGCACAGUUUAUUCACCCAGGGACUUGCUAAAGUAGGCAUUAAAAGUUUGAAAGCCAAUGCAGGGCUCUUUUGCUGGAUAGACUUGAAGAGACUCCUUAAAGAACCAACAUUUGAAGCCGAAAAGGAGUUAUGGCAUUUAAUUAUUGACGAAGUUAAGCUUAAUGUUUCACCAGGUGCCUCGUUUCAUUGCUCAGAGCCAGGUUGGUUCAGGGUGUGCUUUGCGAAUAUGGACGAUGAAACCAUGAAAAUUGCACUGAGUAGGAUCCACAAAUUCGUGAUUCAGAAAACUCGACCAGACCAGCCAACCACGAGAAAACAAUGCAAGAGAAGCAAACUUGAAAUCAGCUUAUCGUCUCGUAGAUUGGAUGAGUUCAUUAUGACUCCACGAAUGUUGUCGUCUCCUCACUCUCAUAUGACUUCGCCCCUUGUUCGAGCAAGGAAUUGA